CUCGAUUCCUCAAUUCUGGAUUUAUAGUUUAGUAGAACUAUCUUAGGAGGAUAAGAAUUUCCUCGAGCCUAGUAGCCUAGUUAUAUUUGCAACUUCUGUAAGGCAGAUAACAAGGAAGGUUAUGACUCUGGUUUUCCCAUGCCAUGCAUGUGUAGAGAUGUCCAUCCACGAGCCACAACCCUAAUUAAGCUUAUAGACUUGCGCAUCCACCCUGGUAUACUCGAGGAGCCGCUGUGGACCAUUUGUAGGUGCCUAGGGGAAUAGCCUGAGGUAUCUAGAGCCAGGCCGUUCCUACUACUCUGUAGCUAUUCUGGGGCCCGUGCUAGGCGACGUUAUAUGUUGGUCCACCUGCGGUCUUUUGUCGUCCAUUCAGUGUAUUCUGUGUUUUCUCGAGAAUCGGUAUGACCACCCAUCUCUAGCCAUGAUUCCAUGUCGUGCCGGGAUUUGCAUGCAGAGCGCGUGGCAUGAUUUACGCCAAAGACCGCAGUUUGCGUUGCUCAAAUAUCUGGCUCAAUCAUUGACCUUAACGCACUUAGUGGAUUACGCGCACGACUUGGAAAUCGCCGACGACUUUGGGACUUUGAGGAAUUAUCUUGUGGAGGGACUCAAUCAUCUCAUUUCGACCCCGAACUACUGAUCUAGUAGCAGAUCCAGAUUGAGAUCCCUCCCGUUGGAAGAUAGCUUCUCCUUUUGCUCGUCGCUCAUCUCAGGCUUGUCACUAGCCCUUUUGAUUUCUCGUGUGCUCACAUCUUCUUCUUUGGCAUUUCCCCCCUUCUUCUCAUCGUCGUCCGCGCAUCCACAGUCGUAGAAGUCGCCAAUGUUCGCACAAUCGAAUAUCUCCUUUUUCAGUCUCUCGUUCACUUUGUUGUGAACAUGGCAUGCCCAAGCCGCCGCAGCCGACCGCGAGGAUACUUGGGGAGGGAACUUCUUGAGCAAUCCUCCAAAAUGUUCUGCGCACUCUCCGCAGGGGUAGAGUCUCUGAAAUAGAUGUAUGAAGCUUCUCAAAGCAGUACUCUCAUCUUCAGUCGGCUUAUCUGGGAAGCGAGCCAUCAUGGUAUGAAGAACUUUCCAUGCUGCCCUUCCCAACUCUGCUUUCGCGGUCUCAUUUCCCAGCUUCGAGGCAAUGGCAUGGCCUGUCAGCGCGGUCUGUCCCAGAUGUAGGGUAUCACUAUCUGUCUCUUGCAAUGCCAAAGAGGCAUGAGUAGCGGCUCUGUCGGCUCGACGUAUUGCAAGCGCAUCUGCGCUAUCUCUCAUAGCAUGGAAGCCCUUUUGUAUACCAAAGAAGGCGAACAUGCAGAAGACGGCGAGGAUGAUAUAAUAUCGGCGGCCUGCUCGUACCGGCGCCAUGGUGGGUAGAAGGCGCAAUUGCUAUGUGGCUAUCGUAUUUCGAAUCUCAUGCAAGAUGGCACACCAGUGGCUCUACUGACGAACGCUAUCUCACGACAGACUGGUCAGACAUUGGCUUCAAGGUCCGCGAAGUCAACGGCCACAUUGAAUCUACCUACUCCGUCAAGACCGGCCAAUGGACUCCUCCAAAAUUUGUCGCCGACUCUUUUCUCCGUAUUCAUGGCAUGGCACCGGGCUUGAACUACGGCAUGCAAUGCUACGAAGGUCUCAAAGCAUCGCGGGGUCCAGACGACAAGACUAUCGGCAUUUUCAGACCACAGCAAAAUGCCGAGCGAUUGCAACAUUCUGCCUCGUACGUCAGCGUGCCAGAAGUUCCAGUUGAGCACUUCAAGAAGUCUGUCCAUCUUGCUGUAUCUUUGAACGCCGGGUUUGUGCCACCACAUUGGACUGGAGCUAGCAUGUACAUUCGGCCACUUCUUUUCGGCUCAAGUGCUCAGCUUGGUCUUGACCCACCGGAGGAGUACACUUUUGCCGUUUAUGUUAUGCCGACUGGUGUCUACCAUGGUGUACAUCCAGUAGCGGCAUUGAUUCUUGAGGAUUUCGAUCGAGCAGCACCCGAGGGCACUGGAAGCGCCAAGGUCGGUGGUAACUAUGCUCCUGUCCUUAGACACAGUGGCAAGGCCAAGAAGGAGGGCUUUGGCAUUACUCUUCACUUGGACAGCAAGACAAGAUCAGAGGUUGACGAGUUCUCGACAUCUGGUUUCAUUGGUAUCCACGGCACUCCAGAUGAUGGCGUUACAAUAGUCGUACCAGACAGCAAGAAUGUCAUCAAAUCAGUCACUAGCGAUACGAUCUGCCAGAUUGCCAAGAGCUGGGGCUGGAAGGUUGAGUGCAGACCAAUCAAAUACGAGGAACUUCCAAAAUUCACAGAAAUCGCUGCUGCAGGCACAGCAGCCGGUCUCGUCCCAAUCAAGAGCAUCACCAUGCGUUCCAAGAACGACACAUUUAAAUAUCAAGGCGGCGGCGACGAGCCUGGUCCAGUUUUCGUGAAACUCCUCACACAGCUGAAGGGCAUUCAGCAAGGCAAGGUCAAGGAUGAAUUCGGCUGGGUCGAGCAAGUACGCGCAUACAAGCCAGAUGAGUACGAGAGCGACGGCGCAAAUGAGCCCAAUGGUGGGAGUGGAUAUUCAGUCAGUCAAUUGCCAUAA